AUUCCAUUGUUCCAUUAAAAUUUAAUGACAUUUAUGUUUCUAAACGAUCACGUCAAUACAUUGUAGUGGCUGAAGAUUCAUUGAAAGCUAAACCCGCGCACCCUUUGGAAUUCUUAUUUGGUACCUGGAAGGGAAAAGGUAAUGGUCAUUUUGAAGGAAUCAAGGAUUUUGUGUAUGAUGAAGAACUGGAUAUAUCACCUGAUGAAGCGGGAAGGGGAUGGUUAUACUAUAAACAAAAAACGUGGAAUCCCGCGAAAAAUAGUGCUAAUUUUCAUAGUGAAGUUGGGUAUAUUAGAAUGCCGGGAAUGACUGAUAAAGUCGAAUUAGUUUUGGCUCAACCAACCGGGGUUGCGUCUAUUGAAGAAGGCCGAUUAGAAGGGACAACCUUGACCUUAACUUCGAAGGAUAUUGCACGCGCUUCUACAGCCAAACCGCCUCAUGUAGCUGAGUUCAAAAGAAUUUUGAAGGUAGACCCCCAAAACAAUGUGUUAACCUAUACUUUUGAUAUGUCAACGGCCGAUAAGCCUAUGGCCCCGCAUCUUUCUGCUACUUUACAUAAAGUAUCCAAAUAA